ACUCUUAUCUCUCUUCAUUGAUAUGGAUCAAAUCCAACACACUCAUGUUGAAGUAAGAGGAGUAAAGCUUCACGUUGCUCAAAUUGGAACAGGUCCUAAGGUGGUGUUGUUCUUGCAUGGAUUCCCAGAAAUCUGGUAUUCAUGGAGGUACCAGAUGAUUGCAGUUGCAAACGCAGGCUACCGAGCCAUUUCGAUCGAUUUCAGGGGCUAUGGACUCUCUGACCACUCAGCUGAGCCCGAGAAAACAACCUAUAUGGACCUUGUUCAUGAUGUUGUUGCUCUUCUCGACUCUUUCACCAUCCAAAAGGCUCUGCUUGUUGGGAAGGACUUUGGUGCCCUGCCAGCAUUCAUUCUAGCUACACUGCACCCUGAAAGAGUGGCCGGACUUGUAACACUGGGCAUUCCUUUCAUGGUACCGGGACCAUCUAUUGUCCAGAUGCUUGAUAACCUUCCAAAUGGGUUCUACAUAAAGAGGUGGCAGCUACCGGAGCGAGCUGAAGCGGAUUUUGGCCGAUUUGAUGUGAAAACGGUGAUAAGAAAGAUUUACACUCACUUCUCAGGAAGUGAGUUGCAAGUAGCUGCUGAUGAUCAGGAGACCUUGGACUUGGUUGACCCAUCUACUCCUUUGCCACCUUGGUUCACCGAGGAAGAUCUUUCUGUUUAUGCUUCUUUAUAUGAAAAAUCAGGUUUCCGUACAGCAUUGACGGUUCCUUACAGGUCCUUUGCAGAAGAAUGCGUGACUACUGAUCCGAAAAUCAACUGUCCAUCGUUGUUGAUCAUGGGUGAGAAGGAUUAUGUUCUGAAGUUCCCAGGGAUGGAGGAGUUCAUUCGGUCUGGGCUGGUGAAACAUUUCAUGCCUAACUUGGAGAUCAUCUUCAGUGAAGAGGGAAACCAUUUCAUUCAAGAACAACUUCCAGAGAAAGCGAAUCAGCUCAUUAUUACCUUCCUUAACAAAUGUAGCAUCUGAUGAGAUCGGCCAAGUGUUUGAAAUGUCAUUCAGAAAGAAUAAAUCCUACAUGUGUAGGCCAGAUAUGUUGGGAAAAGAUUUGUCUUAAUAAUGUUGUAAUCAGCAAAUCUGAGCAAGAAUCAUGUUUCUCUACUUCUCCUUACCCAUUUUAAUAUUUCUGGGUUUCAAUUAAUAUAUACGGACAUUGAAAAUAUAGCA